AUGGCCGAUCAAUCAUAUUCACCGUUCCAUCCCCCAGCCCUUCGUCCCGGUGGUCCUUCUCCCUCUGGCUCUCCUCAACCAAAUCUACAGCAACAACUCCAGUACCAGCAAUCGGGCUCACAACCAAAUCUGUUCCUUGACGAGUCCGACAUGCCUUCAUACACUAAUCAAAUGCGUCAUCCGUCAGGCUCGGGUCCCAGCCAACACUCUGGACCUUUACCAUCUCAGUCCCAUUCUGGUCCAUUGCCAUCGCAAUCUCCCCCACUCCCUUCAAUGGCUCUGAAUAAUCAGUAUGGUAGCCGAUUUCCAAGCGCGCAAUAUGGUCCACCUCAAUCGCCAACAAAUGAUGCUGGAAACCCUUUCGCUGAAGGCCCCGGACCACAGCAACAGCAACAGCUACAACAACCACAUUCUCGUUCGCGAAGCAGCACCUUUGGACAAAGCUAUCCUAUCCCUGUUUCUGGUGGGCCUCCAGGCCAUAACGGCCAAGGGCCACCCCCGAUGCCCUUCUCUCCUCCACAACAGAUGUCUCAACCUCCGGCUCAGCCUUUAGUUCCUCAGCACAGCGGCUAUCAACAACCUGGGCCACAUGGGCUACCAUCGCAACCUAUGCCUUCUGGUUCCUCUCGUCCAGUUUCCCGGGGAGGGCCUCCGGGAGCUUCUGCACCAAACACGAGACCAACGUCGUCCAAGUCUCCGUUCUCCACUCCAAUCACAGCUCCACCACGUCAACGGCCUAGCCAGAUUCUACUCAUCAACCCAAACUCUUCCCGCGGAAUGACCGACAAUAUGAUGAAUGCCCUACGACCCAUCAUCCCUCCUGGAGUUGAGCUCACCGCUUACACGGCACCAUACCCGGCACCCACCGCCAUAGAAUCCACUACCGAUGCCAUAAUGUCGACUGAAGCCGUCUUGCGCGACCUUGCGAAGCAUGCCGCCACCAAUGGCGAGACUGUUCAGAACUUCGAUGGCAUGAUCAUAGCAUGUUUUUCAAAGCACCCUCUGAUCGAUGCCUUGCGUGAGUCGUAUGAUGUUCCCAUCAUUGGGAUUAUGGAGGGGAGUAUGUACGUGGCACGGAUGCUCGGUGGGCGCUUUGGAUUUGUCGCGACGACUGCACGUUCCAAGAUCUUGCAAGAUGAUCAAGUUACCGCUUAUGGACUUUCACACUAUUAUGUGGGUAGUGAGGCUACGCAUCUUGGGGUUCUCGAACUGGAUUCACGACCAAAGGAGGAGGUCGCCAAGCGAGUGAUGCAUGCUGCAAGAGCCCUGGCCGUGAAAGGUGCAGACACGAUUAUUCUGGGCUGUGCAGGAAUGGUCGACAUGACGCGUGCUGCCAAAGAUGCGGUGCGCGAUGAGGAUGGACGACGCACGAUCAAUGUGAUUGACCCUGUGGAGGCUGGCUUGGUCAUGAUGUCGAGUUUGGUGGGCAUGGGUAUUCCAACCAGUAAAAAAGGCAUGUACAAAGGUGAGAAGGAAGCGAGGAGAAGCAGGGGUCAGAAUUGGCUAUAA